UAUUGAAAAAUAGAUGUUUUGGCAGAGUGUUAUGAUGACACAGAAAUAUACAAUAGCUGCCGCGAAAAGUGUGGUGGUGAGUGCACAGUUGUGGCGGCCAUACGGUCUAUUGAGGAUGACGACGAUUAACUGUAACAGUAACAACCGUGAUGACGUGGACGCCGUUUUCAAACAGAAGAAAACUCUUCGAACUCAGGUCAAAAAAUGCCUCAAGGCCAUGGACCCUUCUCUCAGAUCUCAACAAGACAACGCGAUUCAGGACAUCAUUUUGGGAGCUCCGUGGUUCAAAUCAAGUCUUAGGUUAUGCGCAUACAUAAGUUGCAGUGCGUUACGGGAAGUCGAUACUUUCAAACUCUUGUCACAAAUUUUGCAACCUGGUGGGAAAAAAGUUUAUGUACCACGAGUGGAGGAUAAAAACAGUCACAUGCGUAUGCUUAACAUAUCACGUAUUGAUGAUCUUAUUGCAAACUCAAUGGACAUCUUAGAACCACCUCCAGUUGAUGCUGAUGGAAAUGCACGUGAAGAUGUUAUGCAGGCAAAUGAUCCAAUUGAUAUUUUGCUUUUACCUGGAUUGGCAUUUGACAGAUCUGGAAGACGUUUAGGCCGUGGUGGAGGUUACUACGAUACCUUUCUAAAAAAUUACCAGGACCUUGCAGCGUCACGGAAUUGGAAGCAGCCCUUGCUUGUUGCACUGUCAUAUUCGCAACAAAUACUGGAUGAAGGAGUAAUACCAAUUACUUCAACUGAUGUUCCAGUUGAUGCUCUUGUAUCUCCAGAAGGUGUAGUUCCCAUCAGUUCUGCUGCCUUCAACAGAAUGGAUCUCUAAGCUGCACUUAAAGCCGAUGCUGAACACUUUCAAUGGAUGAUGUAUUAUUUAUCUUCUAUAAAAUUUUGUGGUUUCUUAAGUAUUCAGUGCUAAUGGAGGGGUCUGAUCGAGGGGCUUUGUGUAACAAGGAAAAAGGGUACCCAAAUCAUUAAAUGAAACUGGACUGGGUCAUUGCAUUCAGUCUUGAUUAAGUGGAAGUUUCAUUACUUUUUGGUCAUUGAUAUUAAUUCAGUAUGUUUAUGUAAUGUUUGAACUGUGAAGUUUGUGCUUACUUUUCUUAAGGUAUAUGUGUCCUUCAGCUGGAAUUGUUAUCAAGUUUAUAGUUAAUUUUUCAGUAUGAAAUUAUUGUGCUAACUAAUGUUUUUUAAUGUCAAUUUUUCUAGAUUUAAAACUUCAAA